GAUUUGGAAAGAGUGGAAAUAUAAUUUUAGAUAAAUUUAUUUCUGAAAGAAGAUUAAAAUGGAUUCCUUAUGAUAAAUUUACAAAUGUUGUAUACCUUGAUAAAGGAGGGAUUAGUACUGUAUAUAAAGCUAUUUGGUUAGAUAUAAAUCAAAAUAGAGAAGUAGUUCUUAAAUGCUUCAAUAAUUUGAAUGAAAAUUUAGAUGAAUUUUUAAAUGAAUGGAAAUAUCAUCAAAGUUGUUCAGAUUCAUAUGAAAUUAUUAAUUUAUAUGGAUUCACAAAAAGUUCAGAUACUUCGUAUUAUAUGGUAGUAAUGGAUUAUGCAAAUAAAGGUAAUUUAAGAGGAAAUUUAACUAAAGUAAUUAAAUAUAAUUGGAAACAAAAGUUAAAUAUGUUGUAUAAAAUUAUUUCUGGGCUUUAUGAAAUACAUAAACAAGAUUUUAUUCAUUGUGAUUUACAUGAUGGCAAUAUUUUAAAUCACAGCAAUAAAAAGGAUGAAGAGGAGGAAGAAAAUGAAGUUGAUAAUAAUUUAGUUUUUAUUAGUGAUUUAGGAUUAUGUCAACCUGUAAAAUCAUCUUUAAAAAAAGGUGAAAUUUAUGGAGUUAUACCAUUUAUGGCACCUGAAGUUUUAAGAGGCAAACCUUAUACUCCAGCUAGUGAUAUUUAUAGUUUUUCUAUGAUUAUGUGGGAAUUUACAUCUGGAGUUCCACCAUUUAAUGAUAGAACACAUGAUCUUCAGCUUAGUUUAAGUAUUUGUAAAGGCGAACGUCCUAAAAUUAUUGAAAAUACUCCAAAAUGUUAUAUGGAGUUAAUGAAAAAAUGUUGGAAUGAAGAUCCAUUAAAAAGGCCAUCUGUAUCAGAAGUGAAAUAUGUUAUUGGAAAUUGGAUUUUCCAGCCUACUAGUAAUGAAAUUAAUGAAGAAUUAGAAAAUAACAAAAUGGAAUUUAUAAAUGCACAAAUUGGGCAUAACAAUCUUAAUACUGCUGAACCUCAUCCACAAGCAUGUUAUACAAGUCGUCUACUUAAUUUUACUAGUGAAAAAUUGAAUGAAAUUCUUGAAAGUGGAAGUUAUUCUUCUACCGGCAUAACUGAAGAUUUGAAUGAUUGUAUAAUUUAAAGUUAUUAACAAUUAGAUGAAAUUAAAUGAUAUUUGACAUGAUGUGUUCAACAGAAGAGUUAUCUUUUAUUUUAUUUUUUGCAGAUUUAUUUAAACACUAAGGCUAGAGUAGUAAAAUAUUUACAAGUUUCCUAGUUUGCAAUUUAAGUAAUUCCUUUUUUCUAUAGCUUAUCCAAAUAUUAAAUAUUUACAUUCUCUUUUUUUUUUAUUUUACUUAGAAUUAUUUAAACACUAGAACUAGAGUAGUAAAUAUUUUAUAAAUUUCUUAGUUUGUAAUUUAAAUAAAUCUUUUUUUUGUAACUUAU